CCCUGAGGGAUUUGGGGUCCCCUCCCACAGCUACUGCGUGGGGAUGUGCGGGGACGGCGCCAACGACUGCGGGGCGCUGCGGGCAGCUGACGUGGGCAUCUCCCUGUCCGAGGCCGAGGCGUCGGUGGCCUCGCCCUUCACAUCGCGCGUGGCCACCAUCGAGUGCGUGCCCAGGGUCAUCCGGGAGGGCCGCUGCUCCUUGGUCACCUCCUUCGGCAUCUUCAAGUACAUGGCCCUGUACAGCCUGGUGCAGUUCGUGUCUGUGCUGCUGCUCUACACCGUGAGUGAGCCCCGCUCMCCCCUGCUCACCUUCCCAAUUCCUGG